AGCUUUCAGGGAUGCUGCCGGAAAACUACAAUGUGCUUAAAAAACUACAAGACCCAGCUUUUGUGUUUACACUUCCGGCUAGUUUUGCGUAACGGUUCCAGAGACUCAACUGACUUUACCUGCGAGGUGGUCUCCAACCACAACUUCUUAAUGCUGCCCGGUGUCCUCAGCUGUAUUCGGCCUGUCUCCAUCAGUCCUGCCCUAAGCCGACCUCUAGCCCACUUCAGAGCACACAUGGACCCAGAUCCCAGUCGGCCUGUUGAGAGGGCUAUCAGAACCAAACUAACCAACAGACUCAAGCCGGACCACUUAGAGAUCCACAAUGAAAGCCAUAUGCACGCUGUGCCCCCUGGUUCUGAAUCCCAUUUCCGUGUCCUGGUAGUGAGCUCCCAGUUUGAGGGUCUGCCACUGAUACAGCGCCACCGUCUGGUUAAUGAGGCUUUGAAGGAGGAGUUGAGUAGCUGCAUUCAUGCACUGGCCAUACAGGCAAAAACUCUUGAGCAGUGGGGGAGUAACCCCGACCUGGCUAAGAGCCCACCCUGCAUGGGAGGAUCGAGGGGGGAUCGCACAGUGGAGGAAAAACUGAAAGCUGGACGAGAAUGAAGUGUUGGACUAUGAAGCAGAGCCUGAUUGAAAUGUGAUGAAGGCAGGUGAAUGCUGUAAGAGAGGUAGAAAGAUUAGUAUUUCUUUGUUUUCCUCUUCAAUUUUACAUGUUAGUGAGAUUCUGAAGGGAUUUCUAUUUUUAUUUACGCUUCCUUGGUUUAAUGGCAGUUAGGAUUCCUUUCCAGAUGUCAAUACAAAAAUGAAUAUCUGUGGUUUUCCAAUCAUAAUAAAACACUCAUUGUAAACAUUAAGUUUCCAAAUGUAUUUGGAAUGUAAAUUGUGCCGUAUCAACUAGUGCCACACGGCUGUUGAACGAAUAAAGCAAAAAGAACAAUAA